AUGGAGUCGUUAGAGGCGCAAGAAGCUAUCGAAUCAAUGAAAAGUCGGGGCCUCUUGUACACUGCAGACUUAUCUCCCCUUCUGCGAAAAGGCCUUGCUGCUGCACCACACGUGCUGCAACGACUGUUGCAGCAGGCGGCGGCGCAACAACUACAAGCUCGCGUGCUGCUGUUGCAUGGACCACCCGAAACCACAGAGAUAGCAGCUGAAGCAGCAAAGGAUGUUUUGCCGGGUACAGUUGUUGCGGAUGCGGAAGCUCUUCUCUCUUUGGAGCAGCAGCAGGAGCAGCGGUACCAAAAGCAACACCUAGGCAGCAGCUGCUGCUACUGUGGAGUCCCGGACGGAAAUUGCGAGUGCCUCGGAGAUCAAGGGAUCCUGCUCUCCCGAGCAAUAAACAAGCUCGCAUGGCUACGCACCGCCCCUUUGGUGGCCCUCCGCCUCCCACCGUCACUUUUAGGCGCAAACGGAGCUCGAACGCUGGACUCCAACUGUUCUGUAGCAGCCUUGCUGCAUCUGUUGCCCGUCACAGCGACGGAGCAUGUGGAAGAAGAAGAAGAAGUGAACCUUCCUAUCGAGGACCAAGAGCCACCUAGUGCCGCUCUUUUGCAUUUCGCCACUGAGGGCAAAGCCAAACGCAUUCUGGUUGUCACAGGAAAUGAUCCACUGAUGCUACGCGAAGAGCUGUCGAGCGUUCUGCGACCUGAAGUCGCCGCUGUUGUGUCCCCCAAAGGCCUUGCAACCCCUAUUUUCGGUCAGACAAUAGCUAAACUGCUGGGCCUUAGGCUCAUACCAGACUUUGAUCAGCACGUUAAGCAGCAGCAGCAGCAACAGCAGCCGCCGCAUCAGGGGUCAACAGCAGGAGCCGCACCACAGGCAGCUGCUGCGGCUGGAGCGGCGACAGGAUUAAUGAAGGCAAUUCAGCAAGCCAAAGGCAACCUAAGGGCCCCUACGGUCAUUGCUGAGGCCAUCAGGGCCCUCAGGAGGCCUCAGGGCAAAGCCGUGAGCAAUGGAGUUUUGCUCCUCGACGUUCUCGACAGCGUUGAAUUGGUAUGCAGCAAAAGCAAUAAAAUUGCUGAAGUCUACAAAGACCGAUGUGUGCGCAUAAACUUGAGUGCUGCUGCUGCUGCUGCCGCCCUCGAACCUUCCCUAGAGAGCAGCGGCGAAGGAGACGAUGAAGACUCAAGCGUUGAAGCAGCAGCAGCAGCAGCAGCAGCAGCAGCAAAGGCAGCAUCCGAAGCAGUAAAAGAGGUUGCUGCUGCCCUCAUGAAGCCCCCCGCAAUACUGCUUACGGAUGGCUUUAUACAGCAAGAAGCAGCAACAGCAGUCCGUCAGGCCCUGGCGCUUAGCCUCAGCUGCAGGCUUCAUGUCCUUAACAACGAAGUCCUAGGUAAAGAGAAGCACUGGGUUCAAGUCCUUGAAGCCCAAACCUUAAGCACUUCGUGA